CAUCUUGCAGCACAGGCAGUCAGUGCCUGGUAGCGAUUUAGACGAGGGCGUAUGGACUUGAGGCAGCAGUGAAUGCAUUUCCCACAGGCUGUGCUCGUACUUUUCUCAUCUCGUACGGAUUACCACUGAGUUCACACAGCGCCUUAACGCCGUAUCGCAUUUUUCCACUGCAAUUCUCCAUCUGAAGGCCUGUCACAGAGUAAAGUGGCUCGGUGUGCGUGUGUUUAGACAGCGGAGCGAGAGCAGCAGCGUGUCCCCGAUGGCUGGCUGGAAGGACGGCUCAGUGCAGGAGAAAUAUCGCCUGGUGGUCGUCGGAGGUGGUGGCGUCGGAAAAUCAGCUUUAACUAUCCAGUUUAUCCAGCCCUCAUUUAAAUGAAGUCACUCUUUUCUGAUUUGCCUUGCUUCUGGAAACACAGCUCUGCACUGGUUAGGGUAGCUGUUUGCAGUAGUGUCAUACUUUGUCACUGACUAUGACCCCACGAUUGAAGACUCCUACACAAAGCAGUGUGUGAUUGACGAUAGGCCUGCUCGGCUGGACAUCCUGGAUACAGCAGGGCAGGAAGAGUUUGGAGCCAUGAGAGAACAAUACAUGAGGACAGGGGAGGGCUUCCUUCUCGUCUUCUCUGUCACUGACCGAGGAAGCUUUGAAGAGAUCUACAAGUUUCAACGACAGAUCUUGAGAGUGAAGGACAGGGAUGAAUUUCCCAUGAUUCUAGUGGGUAACAAAGCUGAUCUGGAGCAACAGAGACAAGUUACCCAGGAGGAGGGCCAGCAGCUUGCCCGACAACUCAAAGUCACGUACAUGGAGGCCUCAGCUAAGAUCCGUAUGAAUGUAGACCAGGCUUUCCACGAGUUGGUCCGAGUCAUAAGGCGAUUCCAGGAGCAAGAGUGCCCACCCUCGCCGGAGCCCACGCGCAAAGAGAAGGAUAAGAGCGGCUGCCAUUGUGUGAUUGUCUAAUUGGCCUCUCACUGCCGCCACUCACCCAGCUGCUGUCACCAGUCCCUGCCCCCCACCCUGCCUUCUGACAUCACGUCCUGUGCGGAUGAACUCGCUGCCUUUCUACGUGUGCAUGUCUUCAAAACAGCAGUGUCUCUCAUAGCCUUAUCAGGGGCAUUUGUGCCUCUAGGACUUCACUACUAGAAGAACCAAACUGACAAAAUCUUGAUCGAACUCACCAUUCUACCUUCAACUAGAGUACUGACAUCAGUGUGACCUAGAAUAUGGUAAUCGUGCCCCCAACACUAAACAUCGCUUCUUACAAAUUUGCCAUAAAACACACACAAUUCCUUUUUUUGUAUUUUGAAGGAUUUUUUUUUCUCUUGCCUUGUGACAUUUGUACUUUUGCUGAGAUGGAAAGACUAAACGAAACACCAUUGGGAUUGCAGAGGACAUUUAGUCACCGAUCUAGAGUGAGAUGAUGUUCUGAAGCUUUGUGUGUGUGUGUGUGUGUGUGUGUGUGUGUCAUGCCAUAUCUGUUUUUACUUCCAUAUGCUAAGCAGCGAUUGUACAUAAUUGAAGAUUUGUGUGAGUUGAGGCCACCUUUAUAACGACAAAAAUCAGUUGCAGAGUACCGUGUGUGAGGUUUAACAGCUUGUUUUGACAUGAAUUAACACAUUAAUGUACUCGCAGAUAUGUACAUAGCCUUUAACAUGCCAAUUUUGUCAGCAGUGAAGUCAGAUUCCCAACUUCUGGUUUGAUCAAGAGGCCUUUUUUCCCUGUCUUUUUUGUUUGCAUUGUAAGACUUCUUGGCAUGUAUGGAUUUGAUUCUUUUAAAGGGAUAAUUCACCUAAAAAUGAAAAUUCAUUUACUCACCCUCAUGUGUUCCAAAGCUGUUACAAACCACAUUUUUUUUGUCCAUACA